AUGACCUUUGAGAAAGGUGGAGACUCCAAUAUGGCCCUCAGGACGAUCAUGGGCCCACACGGCAUCAGCCGAGCCGUACAGAGGCUGGAGUUCUGCGACUGCAAGAAGGGACUCGGUGUUAAAAUAAUUGGGGGCUACAGAGAGCUGACAGGAGAGGAGUUUGGUAUCUACAUAAAGCGAGUGAUCGCUGGUGGGCUGGCCGCUCUGGAUGGUCGGCUUAAGUCAGGUGACCUGAUUUUGGAUGUCAAUAACAUCAGCCUGAUAGGGGUGACCAAUGAGAGGGCGGUGGAGAUCUUAAGGACGGCCUCGCUCUCCAAUCACAUGUCCCUGCUGAUCGCCAGAGAUGAGGAAUCCAGGAGGGAGUUCGCUGAGCUGAUGGAGAAGUACAGCUCCAACCACAUCACGGCUUCAGGACGAAUCUCUCCCACGCAGCUGUCCACAGGGAAGCUGACGGACACGGCCUCCUCCUCCUCCUCCUCCCGGUCAGAGAGCCCCCAACUCCUCAGUCCUAAAGAGGGGGUCACGGCCUACACCCACACCGCCCCUUACCCCGCUAACCCCGCCUACGCCGUGCACACGCCUGUGCACACGCCUGUGCACCCCUUCAGUGACAGUGUCAUUCAGUUGAUAUGUGUCGCCAAGGGAACAGGCCUGGGGCUCAUCAUCAAGGGCGGAGCCAACCGUCCCGAAGGACCAAUGGUGUUCAUUCAGGAAAUCGCGCCUGGAGGAGACUGCCAGAAGGACGGCAGGCUGCAGGUUGGGGACCAGCUGGUGUCCAUUAACAAAGAGUCGCUGAUCGGAGUGACAUACGAGGAGGCCAGGGGCAUCCUGACACGUACCAAACUCAGACCCGACCCGACCGUGGAGAUUGCCUUCAUCAGGCGGAGGUCGUCCUCCAGCUCCAGCAGCGGGCCCCACAGCCCCAUCUCCCUGCAGGGGUCUGGUGGUGGGGGUGGACCCCAGAUAAGGGGCCCGGUCCUGGGCACCGUGCCUCAGCAGCCGGCCGUGGUUACCAAGAUCACCUCCAGCCGAAACCCCGCCAGCGAGACUCUGCCAUCAGUCAACGUCACCCAGGUCAGAGCGUCGACUCGGAGAGCCUCAUAAACGUUUCAGACACGUGUGUCCUCGCCUCCGGAGAGUCACGGCCUGCCUGAGACGAGCCCCGAGUCUCCGAGCAGUCAGCCUCCUCAGAGGAAGAGCUCCCUCAGCGACAGCUGCCGCCUCAAGAUAGAAAGGUUGGAGCAGGCUCUGGAGCUGAUUGGCCUGAAGCCCUCCGACGCUCAGCGGCAGACGCUCCGGUCCAGACUGCGAGCUGAUCUGGUUGGGACGGUGGCCUUCACAGACUUCGAGAGCCUGAUCAAGGAGCUGUUCAAGCCUCAGCUGGAGGAGCUGGGCGUCACGCAGCCCGGGUCUCGCUUCACGUCCGAUGACCUGUUCAGCUUGCUGGAGUCGCCCAGCGACCCGAGGCCGUCACUGUCGGACUCAGAGGACCUGGAGGAGAUGGAGCGGCUCAGGAAGGAGCACAUCGAGGCUCUGAGGGAGAUCAAGAGGCUGCAGGAGCAGCUGGUCGAGUCUCAGAGAGUCCACCAUCAGAUGGAGGAGGAGCUCAGCAAGGUCAAACAGGAAGUGAAACACAGCACGGAGGAGAGCCGAGCUCUGAGGACUCGAAUCCAGCUGGCUGAGGCGGCCCAGAAGCAGGCCAGAGGGAUGGAGAUGGACUACGAGGAGGUGAUCCACCUGCUGGAGGCUGAGAUCGCAGAGCUGAAGACUCAGAGGAUGGAGCACCAGGCAUCAGCCAACAAGGAGGAGUCGGACGAGCUGAAGAAGCGAGCGGCCGUCCUGGAGUGUCAGCUGCGGAAGAGCGAGGCGGCCAAAAAGGGUUUUGAGAUGUCAACGGGAAAACUGCUGAGCUUUGUGGAGAAUGUUCAGGAGUUCCUGCUCGAAGGCCACGGCCCCCCGAAGAGCUACAGCUCCGGAGACGUCAAAGUCGGGGCGUCGUCUCAAGGUCUCGCUCCCCGCUACAAGAAAAGCCCGUGGACGGCGGCCACACUCGCCCAGGAGGCGCAGGAGCUCACUCGGACUGUCAGAGCCAUCCUGGAUGUCGACUUGCUGAGCUUCUAGACGACCCGACUGUUGGAGAAGUCGUCGAGAUGUCGGCCGGACUUCAGCAUCCAGCCGCGAUCCCCACCGCUCUCUCCCCAACACCUCCUCAGCUCCUGCUGAAGGACUCGCCGUGUCAGAACUCUGCAUGAAAGCAUCUGCACACAGAACAGCAGCUUUAUUCCAGCGUUUUAACCUGCGUUCGCUGCAGGACGGGUCAGGUGUUUCACCUGGAAACACGACAGUUUGGUGCAGGUUAACUCACUCGAUGAAGGCGUCUGUGAAGCUGAGCGGCUACAUGAAUGUUUUCAAGUUUGAUGAGAGAACCAAAACCCGCAGCUCCACAUUCACAAUGACAUGUUGUUAACUGCCUGAAAGUUUUCAUAUUGUUCAUAUUCGUAAUAGAGCUCAUAUUUAAAUAUCAUUACUUUCUUUGUCAAAGUGCUAAUUAACUUUAUGUUUGUAACCAUUUUCAGCCCUCGCUGUUAGCAUUAUCAGCUAAUUAGUGCUGAGGAACAUCCGAAUAAAACCAGCAUUUGAAGGUCGGCUCUGCGGCGCUUUUUCAGAUUCUUCACUAAAUUUUAACGCAUACAAAAACGUGAACGUUAAUUAGCAGCCGACGCAGGUUCAACGUGACGUCACAUUUUAAACAUAUAGAUGUUAAUAAUCACUGUAUGAUGAUGAUGAUGCAAAGUUCAUAUUGGUCUAUCCAUUAAAUACAGGCGGCAUGCAGACACACAGCAGCUUUAUUAUUGGUCAGUUAGACGUUAUUUCUUUCUUGGUUUAAAUCCAUCUUAUCUUUCCAUCACUUCCUGUUAUAAUGGCACCAGAACUCACGAUUAACCUGAUGGGUGGAUAAAACAUUCAUGUAGUGCUUUGACUCCCGCCCUGCCUCUGUCUCAAUAAAUAUCUUUAACAAACAGUGUAAACAAUAUAAACUUACAGUAUCAUAAGGUUGCCAUGUAGCUGCCGCUCCGCCACGAGCUCACACAGCGUAGAUUACUGUAGUUUCUGUCUCAUUGCUCAGUGUUUAGUGUCUGAGUGGCUGAACGCUCGUGUUUGUGCAGUAGAUUAGCCAGUGAAGCAUCAUCGAACAGUACAGGAGGAGAAACCUGCACGCCGCCCCGCACGCGAACGCCAUGUCAGGAAGGACGAAGGCUGCGCUAAAAUGGGAACUCUGGGAUUAAAGAGGCCUUCAGGGGCUUCGAUGGUGUUUGGAGGUUUUGCUGUUUGUGUUUUCGGAAGCUGCAGAUCCCGCAGCGUUCUCUGGGGAAAAGGAUCAGCCGCUCUCAACCGUACGGUCGUGGCUUUUCUCUGAACAGCUGGGCUGCGACUGAGAUUUUUAAAAAGGAAUAAUUUUUCAUGUGAAAUUGUCUGAGACGUAAAGACUGACAGAAGUUUUAGAUUAAGGGUAAAAGAUGUUAAAAAAAAAUCCCACAUUAAAAUCUCUGAAACGACCGAA